CUAACCUGAUUGAACCACUGCUCUCACCUGAACCACAGACACAGAGGGUCAACUGAUGGAAAGACAGCCAAGUCACUUGGAGAGGGAUGAACCAUGAAAAUGACCACAGAUUUUAAGGAAAACUAAGUAAAAGGGGAAACUGAAAAUUCUUUGUCUUACCAAGCACUUCAGGACAAGCAAGCAGAACAAAGCACACUGGGAACCUCUAACGGAUUAUUGUGUGUUUCUGUGAAGGACAACUAUAGUAUCCUACACACAGACUGGAGACAAGAAUACUAUAAGUGCAUCUUUCCCACUCAUCCAUUGCAAUGGCAAGCUCUAUUUGUCUCUGCCUGCUAAGGGCAGUUUUCCUGGUGUGUUUUGUUAACCCUUUAAUCCAAGGACUGAGUGGAGAUGUAAACUUGGUCCAGGAUCCUCGUCAUCGACUGGAAAAGAAUCUCACUGGACUUUCAAUUGUCACGUUUGAUUGGCAUCAUGUUCAGACUCCAUACCUGGUGAUAACUUGGGUAUUUGUGGCUGGAUUGGCAAAACUGUCAGUGAUUGAACUUAACCAUCAUGUCAUCAGUGUGGUCCCAGAGAGUGGUCUGCUCAUCAUCCUGGGCUUUAUUUUGGGAGGAAUCGUCUGGGGAGCAGACAAGGCGCAGACAUUCAAACUGCUUCCUCCCACUUUCUUCUACUACUUGUUGCCCCAGAUCAUCUUGGAUGCAAGUUACUUUAUGCCCAACAAGCUAUUUUUCAGCAACCUGGGUUCCAUUCUCAUUUACGCCAUCUUUGGAACGUGCUGGAAUGCAGCUACAGUGGGCCUCUCGCUCUGGGGCUGCUAUGAGGCUGGAGUGAUGGGUAACUUGGACAUCGGUCUCCUGCAGUUUCUAUUGUUUGGCAGUUUAAUCGCUGCGGUGGAUCCGGUGGCCGUGAUUGCAGUGUUUGAAGAAGUACAUGUGAAUGAGGUGCUCUUUAUCCUGGUGUUUGGAGAGUCGUUGCUCAACGAUGGCGUCACAGUGGUGCUUUAUAAUGUAUUUGAUGCUUUUGUUGCUCUCGGAGGCCCAAGGAUUGACGCAGAAGAGAUUUUUAAGGGCAUUUUUUCAUUUGUUGUGGUGGCAUUUGGAGGCUCAUUUCUUGGCGUUGUGUUUGCCGUCCUGCUGUCCCUACUGACCAGGUGCACCAAACACAUUCAGAUCAUCGAAGCCGGCUUUGUCUUUGUGGUGGGCUACCUGGCUUACCUGACAGCAGACAUGCUCUCCCUCUCUGCAAUACUUUCAGUCACCUUCUGCGGUAUAUGCUGUCAGAAAUAUGUGAACGCCAACAUGGAUGAGAAAUCGGUCACUACGGUUCGUCAUGCCAUGAAGGUGCUUGCAAACGGCUCAGAAACCAUGAUCUUUGUAUUCUUGGGUAUUACAGCCAUUGAUACAGAGAUCUGGGUUUGGAACACAGGUUUCAUCCUCCUCACCCUCCUCUUCGUCUUUAUAUACAGGAUCAUAGGUGUUUUCUUGCUCACCUGGAUGUUGAACAAGUUCCGAUUGGUUCCCAUCGAGGUCAUUGACCAGGUUGUAAUGAGCUACGGUGGCCUGCGGGGGGCAGUGGCGUAUGGACUAGCAGCCAUGUUAGACAAAGACAAGAUCCCAGAAAAAAAUCUGAUAAUUAGUACCACACUCAUUGUGGUGUAUUUCACUGUCAUUCUUCAGGGUAUAACAAUGAAGCCAUUAGUUCAGUGGCUCAAGGUCAAAAGAGCAGCUCAUGCGGACUUGAAACUUAUUGAGAAACUAAACAAUAGGGCAUUUGACCACAUACUAUCAGCAGUGGAGGACAUUUGUGGACGUAUAGGAGAUAACUGGUGGACCCGAGGUUGGAACAGGUUUGAGGAAAAUUAUAUCAGCUGGUUAUUGAUGAAACCUAAGGCCAGAAAGAACAGAGACUACCUGUUUAGUAUCUUCCACAAACUCAAUCUGGAGGAUGCUGUUAACUACGUCAGUGAGGGGGAACGUCAAGGAUCUCUGGCAUUCAUUCGUAGUGAUGAAGUAGCCAAUGUAGAUUUCAAAAAACAAUUUGGUUCAGAAUUUACAGAUGUGAUGCCUGAUAUAAUGGCGAUAAUUGAAAUUGUUUUGUCUCUUGUAAAUAAGAAAGACACUAUUCCCUCUGUAUCUCUGGACAUCCAUGGGAAAGACAGGAAAAAUGUGGCGGAUGACAUCAAUGCCCAUCAUCUUCUACAGCAGCACCUGUACAGGAGCAGAAAGAAUCAUCGUCACAAAUUCAGUCGCAGUCACUUCAGCAUCAACCAGAGUGAGGACGAGGUGCAGGAGAUCUUCCAGAGGACCAUGAGGAGCCGCCUCGAGUCCUUCAAAUCAGCUAAGAUGGGUGUCAACCCUGCCAAAAAAAUUACAAAGCACCACAAGAAGGAUCUUACACACAAGAUGGCUAAUGGACACCCAGACGGUACAGACCAUCUUUAUGGAGAUGAAGUUGACAGUGCUGUGGGGAGUGAGACUGGUGCUAUCCGUGGUACUUUCAUGAGAGACACGUAUACAGUGAGAGCUGGCAUAGAGAAUCCAGUAUUCUUGCCAGCUAUGGACAGUCCCACUCACAGCAGCCUUCCCUGGCUAAUGGAGACUGAUGCUGUCGCACCUUCCCAGAGGGCCCAGUGGCGCCUGCUCUGGACACCCAACAGACUGCGGCGUCUUGCACCCAUGAGGGUCAGCACCUGCUCCACAGACUCCUUCCUGAUGGCUGAUCUGGAGGAACAUGAGGAAAAGCCCCAAACAGACCAUGAAGAAGAAAUACGACCAGUCUUUGACUAGAUACUUCAGGACAAUAAAGCAGCAUGUCACAAAGCACAUCCGCAGGCAUGGAAGCAUGCGUCUACAGAUUUCAGUCUGGACCUCCAAAAAAACAUAGCUGCAGGAAAUUCCACUGAAAUAAAACAGCAUGGACCAAAAUCUCGUGGAUGUUCCCAUGGAAUCCAUCUAGGGCAACAUAUUCAUGUACUAUUGAGCACGUACAGCAGUAGAAAAAGAAAACAAAUGCUUUCAAAGUUUUCCAAGUGACACUUCUGCCUUUUCCAAAUUUGAUAUGAUUUUUAAAAUGUAAACAUCUUGUGAAAUGAUUGGUCAAAAAGAGUUUCCUACAUGUGCUGACAUAUUUCCCAUUGCAAAAGGAAACUUGGGCUAUAGCCAAUAACCUUCAGUUUACAUCACAGCCAUGACGAACAUUAUUUCAUAACUCAUAUCAGUUUUAAAGGACUUAACUACUGUAGAUUAUAGAUGGUCUCAAAUCUAACAGACACUAACUAUUAGCAUCUAAUUUUGAUCUUUAACACUGUGGAAAGGUUGAGAAUGUAUUUUGUGCAAAAAUGCUUAUGUAAUAUUAUGGAAGCUUGUUUCUGGCACAAUGAAAAAAUAAAUUAAAAAAGGAAUUGUGA